AUGUCUGACAAAGCUCUGAUUUCUCUCAGCAAUGGGGUCAAAAUGCCUCAGAUCGGUCUUGGUACUUGGCUGUCGAAGCCAAAUGAAGUCAAGAAUGCUGUCACCCACGCUUUGAAAUCAGGCUACCGUCACAUUGACUGUGCCAAGGUCUAUGGAAAUCAGGGAGAGGUCGCCGACGGAAUCGAAGCCUCCGGGGUUAAUAGAGAAGAGAUCUUCAUUACAUCAAAGCUUUGGAAUACUUGGCACCAUCCUAGUAAGGUGGCCGAAGGAUUGGAGGAUACUCUCAAGGAGUUGAAGACAGACUACCUUGAUUUGUACCUUAUCCAUUUCCCCGUAUCGUUUGCCUGGCCCGAAUCUGCAAAAGCCGCCGACUCAGAACUUUUGUUUCCUCUGGCAGAAGACGGUGUGCAUGUCAAGCUGGAUCUUCAGACAUCUAUUGUCGACACCUGGAAAGAGAUGAUCAAAUUGCUAGACACUGGCAAGGUCAAAGCGAUCGGUGUGAGCAAUUUUGAAAUUGAACAUCUUGAAGCGCUGAACAAAGCUACUGGUGUCGCGCCAACCGUGAACCAAAUCGAAAGGCAUCCCCUGUGCAUUCAAUCCGAUUUGGUCAAAUACUGCAACUCUAAAAACAUUCAUGUGACCGCUUACUCGCCUCUGGGUAACAAUCUGGUCGGAGAAACAAAGAUUGUUGAUUAUCCUGAAGUCAAGGAAGUCGCGGCGAAGCUCUCCAAACUAUCAGGUGAGACUGUUGACCCGGCUCAAGUAUUGAUUGCAUGGGGAGCUGUUGGUGGGAUCUCAGUCAUCCCUAAAUCUGUAACUCCGACGAGGAUUGAUUCCAACUUCAAGCAAGUCAAACUUUCGGAUGAAGAUUUCAACAAGAUCACUGAAUUGGGCAAGAACAAAACCGUUCGCUACAAUGUUCCAGUCACAUACGAACCGAAAUGGAACGUCAACGUUUUCAACACUGAGGCCGAGAAGUCUUGCGCCCACGGAAUUGUUUUGGGAGUCUGA